CAUGGUGAUUGUGGACCUUGCCGGAAGGGGGCUGAAGAAGCUUGAGUCCCUGCCCACAUCAGAGACCCACGCAACAUGCACAACCCUAAUACUGGAUCAUAAUGGACUAUCACGCAUUGACAAUCUCCAGGAUUUCAAGAACCUUCAACAGCUGUCAAUUGGACACAAUCGUUUGGUGCGGAUGAACGGAAUCUCGAGACUGCCAAGCAUCAGAGUCCUCAACUUGCCGAACAACAGUAUCCAGACUAUAGAAGGUCUGAGGGACCUUCCAGAACUUGAGUGGCUAAAUCUGUCGGGAAACAGUAUCAAGAGUAUUGACCAUCUCAGCAGUAACCUGAAGCUACGUCACCUUGACCUGUCGGACAACAGCGUCUCCUCGAUCAUGGACAUCUCAAUGCUCAGCAACCUCAAGACAUUGCUUCUCCAUGGUAACAUCCUGACGACGCUACGCAGUAUACCCAGCUGCAUACCGCACUCACUUGAGAUUCUCUCACUCGCAGAGAAUGAAAUAUCAGAUCUCACAGAGGUGUCAUAUCUCUCCUGUCUAAACAGUCUACAGCAGCUGUCUGUCAUGAACAACCCCUGCGUUCUCAUGGCCACACCCUGCUCAUCCAAUGCAUCGCCUUUCAACAGCGGGUUCGACUACAGGCCUUACAUCGUCAAUUGGUCUCCAACACUACACAUCCUAGAUGGUUAUGCAAUCACACACAAAGAAAACUUGAAGGCUGAGUGGCUGUACAGUCAAGGCAAAGGAAGAUGGUACCACCCAGGACAACACCUACAACUUGUGCAAUACCUCGGCAACACAUGCCCUCUCACAGUGGUGUCUGAGACACAGGCAAAAGAAGAUGAGAGGUUGAUGAGGAUCCUCCAACAACAGAAGAAGUACCAACAACAGCAACACCCCUUCCCAGUAGCGAUAGGUGGUCCCGACUCCGCCCAGGCACAGCUUCCAUCCCCAUCCCCUUCAAACCCACCCCAAGCCCAGGCCCAGGGUGGGGCACAUGCGCCAUCCACCCCAUCAUCUCUCCCGUCAACACCGGUAGGCAACGCCCCUGCUGGGUCCGCCAUGCGCCCCACCCGGCUCUCGCCUACCAAACUGACCCCCUCAAUGCCCGGUCAGAAGGGUGGUAAUGGGGGUCAGAAGUCUCCUACCAAGAGGAUGCCUUCGCCCCUGAGGAGCCCCUCUCCCUCCAAGGUGCUGAGCCCCGGUAGUGCAUGGCCUUCCGACAGGAAUGAGAACUCACAGCUUCAUCGUAACUUCAAACCGGUGGGAGAGAACUCUCCUCCAUCUGGGGCUGCUGAUGUCUUCCUACAAGAUAUUGAAGAUGGUGAAGUUGAUCAGCUGGGACCCCUUGCCUCCGAGGCAUCCUUCCUCCCACACCAUCCAAUGCCCAGAGAAGCCCAACAGGUCAGACCCAACACAGCCUCAGCCCAACAGGCACAGCACCCACAUAUUACCAAGCAUAGCAAGGCCAAAGCUAACGUGUCGGAAGAAUACACGGAUGUACCCCCGACGAGGCAGCCUCAUGGUAUCACAGACACAGCAUCCUUUGCAUCCCAUGUUAGAACCCAGUUGGAGAAGACCCAGAGCGGGGGCGACGCGUCCUCCCCCGUAUCCAAGUUCCAGGCAUACGAGGAUCGCCCUGUUAAACCUCUGGCAACAAACAUGCUCAAGAUGCAGCUGGAAGGGAACGGGUCCGGCCACGGGAGGGUUACGAAGAAGGCAAGCACACCAACUCCUCGGCAGUCAUCGAGCCUCCCCUCUACCCCGACCCCGAGACACUCAUCCUCCAGUCUCCCCAGUACCCCCACGCCUCGCAGCCCACAUGACUUCCACCACUCGUCCAAGGCAGGAAGGGAGAAGGGCAGGGGACAUCUCGGGAAGCGAGCGGGAGGAGGAAGCAGUGGGGAUCUCAGGGGAGCAUCCUCAGGAUCAAAGAGCGAUGGCAAACAUGGCAAAGACACAAGCAGCUCCAGGAAGCAGGGGAAAGGUCAGAGUGGUAGACAUUGGGAGGUCAACGGCAACCCAGACUUUGAGAGCAGACCUGAAGCGGAACAAAUGACCGCUCAGGAGGCAUGGGCAGGUGGGGGUAAAGAGGAGAGCAAGGAUGGGGCCGCCAGCACCAUACAGGCCAGCUGGAGGGGGCACCACGGCCGCAAAGGGGACGAGAAGGCUGGCCGCGCCCAGAAACAGAUGCAAGAACAGAGGGUGGAAGAACAUAUCAAGUACCUCAACAUGGAGCUCGAUAGGACACGUCAGAUGUACGAACAAGAGAAACAUCUAAGAGAACUGCAAAUGGAGGCCCUGAAACUACUUUGGAAUCAGGUGAAAACCCUGCAGGAGUGGAAGCAAGACGUGGAUGGCAGGGACGUACCCCCCUCCGGUGGACCCCUCCCAGUGCCCCCUACCACUCCCUCCAUCAUCCCCUCACCCUCCCACGGUGAUACCAGUGGUACAGGAUCCCAGUUCAAGGAUGCCCAGGAUCUCUUUGACACGCCUGCCUCGACCGUCAGGGAAGUCCAACUGGAGAAGACCUGCAGCAGUUUACAGAAGCAGGUUGGUCGCCUGCAGGAGUCGAUUAACAGCAUCACAACCUUCAUCACCUCCGGAUAUGUGACCAACCCUUCAACUCCAUCUGCACCCUUCCCUGCCACCCCUCUUCCUGCUAAAGACCAAUCGCUCACCCAGCCACCAUCACAGGCUGCAUCCAAAGACAAACCCUCGUUGGUAGCAUCAAAGUCAAGUCCAUCUCAGAUCACCUCCAAGCCAUUCUCGGAUGGGAAGAAGAGCCCACAGGGAAAUAUCAAUACCAACAACGCAGUACCAGCUACUGCUGGUAGCGUUGGAGCGACUCAAGGGGUCACCCUGCCUGCACCAUGGGAGGGAGCGAUGAUCAACCAGGCGCUGAACAACCUUCCAGAAGGUCUGCAUCCAUUAGAUGUGCAACAGCUUCUAAUCAGUGCAGCAAAGUGGAUGUCGGAGCAGGCAGGUAUUGCAGGUAACGGAGGAGGAGCAGGAGCAGGUGGAGGAAGCAGUAAUGCAGAUGCCACCAGCCAGGCUACUCAAGCCGCCCCUUCAGUCAUCCAGGCUGGACAUUUCCUACCAGAUGAGAAGGACCAGGAAGACGCUGAACCAAAACCAACAGCCCCCACGGAGCUAGUUGCCACAGCUCGCUCAGACACAAGCAUUGCCCUGAAGUGGAAGCCGUCAUCCAUGCCUGGUGAGGAGGGUGGGGCAAGGCAGCUCAUCAGUCCCAUCAAGGGUUACAAGCUCUUCAUUCAGCUGGGAGAGAAUCACAGAGAAGUGAUGGAUGUGCCCUAUCCACAGGCCAUCCUGGGGGGACUUACUCCAGGAUGUUACAGAUUUUCUGUUCGGGGAGUUGGACCAAACACUGAGUCUGAUGAUUCAAAUACAGCCGAGGUGACAUUGCCUCAAUCUCCACGGGCCAAGAAGGCAUCCCCUGCAGAAACUCAGAAAACAAGUCCAGCAAAGCAACGUCCAGUAGCCAGUCCAAGGAGCAGCAAGGAGAACCAGAAGAAAUCCAGUUCAAAGACAUCCUCAGAAGCUUCCAAGGAAUCCCCCAAGAAGUCUUUGAGUAAGAAAUCCAGUGGCUCUUCAAGCAGAGGGGAUGCUUUGAAGGACAAGUCCAACAUCGGCAGUCAGAAUGCAAAGAAUGAUGCUAAGUCAGCAAGAGAGUCUACUAAAGCAGGGAAUGGAAAGCAAGUUAUGCAGCCUGCUUCUGUCAAAUCAAAAAGAGAAACAGACAUCGAUGCUGAGCCCUCUGUUGUGGACCUUGAGGACGGUUUGAAAGUGGCCAUUGCCAAGUCUGUUGGAGUUGAGAUGAGUCAACAUAUAAUUGACACUGCUAUCCAGAUGGCCAUCAUUGCUCUUAUUGAUGUUGGUCCUGAUGUGGAAGGAGCCAAUGCCAUUGAGGAAGACAAGAAAAAUGGAGGUGGUGGAGCAAUUGAAGUUGUCCCUGUCCAAAAACUUGAAGCGUCGUCCCAAAAGGAAGGUCCACUGGUGGUUAACCAAAGUAGCGUAGUAGACGGACAUAUUGGUGAGAAAGCAAAUGAUGUGCAGGUUUUGUCUAAGAUAGUGAAAGAGGGGUCGGGUGAGUGUCAAAAGGGUAAUGGUUGUAGAGCCGGUUUAGGGACUGAAAAUGUAAAUGAAGCAAGCAAGUGUAAUGGUGUUCAGGGUUUAGAUGAUACCUCAGGUGUAAACCUUUUGUGUAAUGGGGACUCACAGGGUAGUGGCAACAAUCAAUCUUUACAUUGCAAUAAGAACAAUACACACACUGAUUCUCCUUCCAACUCAGAAUCACAAGUGAAAGAAAGCGUUCCUCAGCCUGAAUCAGCAGGGAAUGGGUCAGAGCCAAAUCAGAGUUUAGGGAGCGUUGCUGAAUCUUCUAAACGAGUUGAACAGCUCUCCAUGAAAGCGACAGAAGAAACAGUGUUUAAUUUUGACUUCCAAGGUGGGAUCCCCUACCCUCAAUCCCCAACAGGAAUAGCAGAGAUUGCCACCUCAGAAAAGUUGUUAGUUGUGUCUGAACAGAAGGAUGCUCCUGUCAAAAGUCCAAAGCCCAAACCCAGCCCUCGUUUGUCAAAACUGGCAGCCAAUUUCACUUCAAAAUCAGCCAGCAGUAAUAGUGCAAAUACAAUGACUGAGAUAAGCGAAAUGGAUGAAUCACACAGGGUGAGUGUAGGUCAUGAUCCUUUUUCAGUGGACUUUGAAGAGUCCUUGCCUGUGAGUGAUUGUGAUGACAGUGAUGAUAGGACAGUCAAUUUGAGGUUGGGUGAGGGCAAAGCUAAGAGAGUGGUGAGUUCAUCAAGCCUUGAAGACAGCAGAAUGUCCUCAGAUGAAGCAUCUCCUAGCGACCACAGUGCUUCCUCCAACAAAUCUUCCAAGCAGACUGUCUCAUUCUCUCUGGCUCCAAAGCCCAACAAGCCCAAACCCAAAGAGGCUCCUGUAUGCGCCAAACACAGCGAGGAAGCCAAGACAAACAACCGCUCCAAAGCAGGAGAUGGCACGGAACAGAACAAAUCUGAUGAUAGGCCAAGCAGAGCCACACGACCUACCAACAUCAAGACAAUCCUCAGCCCUAUAAACUCCCCAAUGAUGCAGCACAAGUCUAGGAGUAAUGGCGGGUCAGGGAUUCCGAUGGUCCGAGUACCCUCUCCAACCAAAGGUUUCUUGAGGCUUGGUGGCGGUGUCCACCGUACAACUAGUACCCCGUCCUUGGAGAUCUUGAAGAGUCCUGGGGGUAACGGAUCAAACGGAAAUGGCAAUGGCCAGGUAAUGCCAUAAAUGCAUGAUGAAGUAUCACGAUUUGGAAUCAUAAACCCAGUGCAUUUGUAUGAAUGUGCAUGUAGUACUACAUUUAGCUAUGAACUCGUCUUAAGUUUGCACAUUGAUCUCUGCACAGCCAGUAUUAUACAUGUAGACUAUUCCAUGGAUAUGCUACAUAUGUACAUAUGUGGCUGUUGGAUUUUCCCUUUUCGUGAUACAGAAUUCAACCUUGGCAUGAAAAUAGAUCAAACUAGCUUGAUUAAAAAAAAUGAGUGAUAAAUCGCUGUAAACGAAGUCCCCAUCUAUGUGACAAAACAGCUAUAAAAGGAGAGAAAUCGACUACAAAGCAGCUUCAAAAUUAUAAGUUGCUCACGAUUUCUAGGAAUUCUUACUG